UCAUUUUUGAAAAUGGAAGAUUUCAACGACUUUUCGGACUGGGCACCAGAUACUCCAACUGUGGAUAACGCAGAAAUGAUUUAUAUUUCUUCUUUAGCUUUGCUUAAGGUAGGAAAUCAAAUCAGUUGUCAUAAAAAUUUCUGGUUUUGCGUGGUUAUUACUGGAUGUUUAAAACACGGACGUGCCGAAAUACCUAUGAAAGAUAUGGGUUUGAUGCUUGGUGAACUCGUAUAUGUUGAAGCAAACUGGACGAAAUGGUGGUUGACUGAUAUCACUCUCACCCUGGAUUUUGAUGUUGGCUGUAUAAAUACACAACAAAGUUUUGAGGCAUUGAAUCAAAGGGCUGUCAAGAGCCACGUCAAAUCACAUCCAAUAUCGGACAUCUUAAUAAACCAAGCUUUGAUCCAUGGUUUGAAUCGUCAUUGUUAUUCGAUUGCGAUUAAUUAUCGAAAGAAUGAAUUAGAACAGAAAAUGUUGCUCAAUUUGCACAAAAAAAAUUGGAUCCAUGGAUUGACGCUGCCAAACUUUACGGAACACACCGAGAUCAAUGGAAAGAGUGUCAAUUCGAUGCUUACAUUGGCGGAAUCUUAUAAUAAAUCGGUACGAGAGGAAUCAACCAUGACACCUGAACAAUUGAAACUCGACAUGUGGAAAACAGGAUCCAAAGCGUCAUUUAAAGGAAAAUAUGGAAGAAAUAUAACUCUUUGUUUAAUAGAAAAUGGUUUAGAUAUUAUUCGUAAAGAUUUUGAAAAAGACACCAAAAUAAUUGCUUGCGAAUUUAAGGAUGAUAAUAAAUUAAUGAUAAUUAAACAAGCACAAGCUAAGCAAGUAGCAGAGAUAUCAAUUUGGCAUUUAUAUACAGAUGAAAUUCAAUAUUAUGAAUAA